GUUGUAUUUGCAGGUGCAGGUAUCUCAUUGAAUGAGGCGGCCGUAACUUUGGACCACGCUUUGCGGUCAUUAUUGAGGUCCGCCCUCUCCUUAUUAAGGGGAAGAUGUCGCAAUUCAAGCUAUUUGUCAGAUAUUACUAAUAGAUAGUACCUCUGGCAACUAUUAUCUUUACCAAUUAAUUUUGUUCCUGUGCCCGCAUCCUUUGUUUAGACCGGUUACCAAUUAUGACCAUACCAUGGACCAAACAAGAGGCCACAGUGACAAUCAUUUGCCUCGUCUCGCUGUUGACGAGCUCAUCAUUAGGAAAGAAAGUCACUUUGCAACCUUUGAAGGGCCAAGAAGUGCCCGUGGCCUCCGAACGAGUGAGCCCGUCGGGAAGAAUCUUGCCAUCGGCAUCCUAUGACAAGACCUCCUCUGCCUGGCGUGACACUUUUGCCAUGCGCACGACACCUGCCCAACGUAAACGGGAUCAACGGCCACCCAAGCAAAGUCUACUGCCCAGGGAGAAGAAGCCGAACAUCAUACUCAUUUUGACUGACGAUCAAGAUGUAGAGCUUGGUUCAAUGGGCUUUAUGCCAAAGACGUUGCAGAUUCUUGGCGAGGGAGGCGCUCAUUUCCCGCAGGCUUAUGUUUCCACUCCAAUGUGCUGCCCUUCGCGAAGCUCUAUGCUCACCGGCCUUUAUGCUCACAACCAUCAUGUGCUCACCAACAGUGAUAAUUGCUCCUCACCCCAAUGGCAGCAGGAGUUCGAGUCUCGCUCAUUUGCUACGUACCUGAGUACAGCAGGCUAUCGAACAGCCUACUUUGGCAAGUACCUGAACGAAUACAAUGGCAACCACAUUCCAACCGGCUGGCGUGAAUGGGCCGCUCUAGUCCGCAACUCUCGCUUUUACAACUACACUGUCAACGUCAACGGUCACAAGCGCAAGCACGGUCUGGACUAUGCUCGCGACUACUACCCUGACCUGGUGACCAACGACAGUGUAGCUUUCUUGCGCCAGUCCAAGCAACUGUUUCCAAAUCGCCCAGUGAUGAUGGUUGUCUCGUAUCCGUCCCCGCACGGUCCAGAGGACUCUGCGCCCCAGUACCAACAUCUUUUUCAUAAUGUCACAACACACAGGACACCAAGCUGGAAUUAUGCUCCAAACAUGGACAAACAGUGGCUAUUGCGGUACACCGGCCAGAUGGAGCCUAUCCACAUCAAAUUUACUGACAUGCUUCACACAAAGCGACUCCAGACACUGCAGACAGUCGAUGAUGCUGUAGAAAAGCUGUACAAUGAACUGUUGAGUUUAGGGGAACUGAACAACACUUACAUUUUCUACACAUCUGAUCAUGGCUAUCACCUUGGCCAGUUUGGGCUUGUGAAAGGAAAAUCAAUGCCUUUUGAAUUUGACAUUCGGGUGCCUUUCUACGUCAGGGGGCCGAAGGUUCCUCCAGGAACGAGGUUAAAAGAUAUUGUACUGAAUAUUGAUUUAGCACCAACCUUUCUAGAUAUUGCUGGCAUUGAUGUUCCGGAGCAUAUGGAUGGCAAGUCUAUAUUUCCCAUCUUGGAAGAUGCCUUCGAUUCCGUAAGGAGUGGCCACAGGCGAGCUGAGAUAAAACGCAGGAAGUCCUGGCGAGACAGCUUUCUUAUCGAAAGAGGCAAAGUAUCAAAGGACCACAUGUUUGACGGAGCCUACAACUCUACUAAGGAGCGCAACCUGCACGUCAAGUGCACGUCUGGAAGACAUCCUUCACCAUGUCAGCCACAUCAGAAAUGGGAGUGCAUUCACGAUGGCUGGCAUUGGCACAUGCGUCGUUGCAAGCAUACACGGCUCCACCACCGUAAAACCUGCAUCUGCAAGGAGGACAAUGAGGACCUCCUGCCUGAAGCAGACACCGGCGACAUACCACUGCCAAGUGGCGUCAAGUUGAAGAAGCCUAAGGAACAUCGCCGACAUCACCACCAUAGCCAGCAUUCACAUGCUAUUCAUGAGUUGCCUUCCAUGACAUCAUCUGCGAGCGAGACUAUGCUUGCUGCCCAUCGCCUCGAGCCAUCUACCAACUCCCAGCUCACACCCGAGGAACGCAAGCAGCAGCGAAAGUUCCUUCGAGAGCACGUGAAGCAGUCCUUCAGGCCUGUAUUCAUGGCAGUACGUUUGAAGCGGCGUGUGGAUACGAUGGCCGAAGGCUUUGACCUGACCGAUGACAAAGCUGUAUCUGCUUUUCUGAGUGCAACAGCAGACGAGCUGCUCGAAGAGGAGAUGAAGUUGCUGGAACACACCAAUGGCAGUGGAGACCAGUCAUGGGGAGGGGCUCUUGGUGAUCAGCCAUCUCCUAGGCAUGAUGGCAGCAGCCCGUGCGGUCCCGACGAACGAUGGUGUGUCGUUGCUGGGAGAGGAAGUGGUGGGGGUGACAGGAAAGAUGGCAGGCCAGCGCGCCCCAACGCCAAUGCGAAGCGGCUCUGGCGUCAGAAGAAGGAGCACAUUGACGGACUCAUCCGUCGGCUGCGGCAGAAGCUGGAGCAGCUCAAAGGGCUGCGGAGGACGCUCAAGAAGCACAAGACCAAGCACCGCCACCACAAGCACAUGUCACCACUGCCGACAGAGGUCCCCCUGGAGACUGCAAGAGGAGGCAGGGCGAGGGACGUUGAAGGAGACAAUGGCGACGAAGUCGAUAACAGAGAAUACGAGGCGGAAACCUCCUCACCAAGGCAGUGCCAGUGUGCUAAUGGCCAGCGGGGCACACUCACGAAAGAUAGCCAUGAAGAGCUUGGCAGUGAGUACGGAAGGACCAUGGAAGAGAAACUUAGGCGCAAGGAACGAAAGUUUCGCCGCAAGUCAAAGUUCGAAAACACGACGUGCAACCUUGAGAAAAUGAACUGCUUCACUCAUGACAACAACCACUGGAAGACUGCGCCCCUUUGGACAUAUGGUCCAUUUUGUUUCUGUCAAAAUGCCAACAACAACACGUUUUGGUGCCUGCGAACAAUCAACGAGACACACAAUUUGCUUUACUGUGAAUUCGUCACUGGCUUCAUUACCUUCUACGACAUGAGAACUGACCCUUACCAGUUGCGAAAUGCGGUCCACGAUUUGUCCACACAGGAGGUUCAAGAGCUACACAACUCUCUUGAAAGAUUAAAAAGGUGCAGGGGCUCUCGAGAGUGUCACUUGAAGUACAGGCCAGAGGGACGGCGAGAUUUUUCUGGAUCGGUUCGUACGAGGCACGACAGGCACUGGAAGGGUAGCCGUCCUGAAUGAUGAAGCUGAUGCUUGACUGCUACUUGGCAGAAUAUGGAGUUCUUCUCUGCGUCUUCUGCCAAGGAAACGCGUACGAAGGACACCUCAAGCCACCCCGUAGAUGGCACAUCAGAAGUUCCUGCAGCCUAUCUUUUUCUUGCUGCCCUACAUUAUGCAUUUGUGUUUAUUGCACGUACUCUGCAUUUACUGUGUUUCUUUAAUACGAUGAGGAAGUUGGUAUGGAUUCAUGACGAAAUAUUUAGUACGUAAACAAAGGCGUAAAGAAGAUGUGGUAUGUUCUCUUCCCUAAGUCUUUGCUGGUCUACACGUUACAUUUUUCUAUAUUUUUGUCUUUUUGAACCAACUGUAGUGCUGUUAUCACGCAGUGCAUGUUUUGACCUCUGCAACAAGAGAAAGCCUGGUUGACUGCGCAAAAGUCAUAUCACUCAAGUCCAAGGGGGAAACCCUCUGAAGCACACCGAAACUUUAGUGCAAAUUUCAUUCACACUGGGUGAGCCGUAAAAGUUGCGAGAAGCAUUUUCUGUGAACAUGGGUGUUCUGUGAAACCAGCAAUAACUCUCUAGGUGGGACAUUAGGCAAACAGCAUUUCUGCUUGUCUUCCUCUUUCUGUCCUGAGCUGAAUUGCGACAGGAUUUCGUGGAAGAGUGAACGUUGCUGAAUUGGCGCUGCCAAGUUUUGCUGCAGUUUGAAAGAAAACUCUGAAGGAACAGUUUCAUUAGUGCAGGAAUGUUUUAUAUCUGGAAUUGACUUUUCCAGCUGUAAAGUUGUCACUUGGACUUGGCAAGUUUCUGUGGUGUCAGUGUUACUAUAUUUCUUGCCUUGUACUUGAACGGUGCACGACUUCUUGGUUUUGCAAAAGUGGUCAGCACCUGCCACGGAAAAAGAAUUAUUCGGGAGGUGAAACGACGCUUGCUCAGCUGCCCCAAUGAAAUCGUGGUGCCAAUGCGCCACACUCUGCUGUGCAUAUUGGCUUGCCGACACUGCAGAGCUUGCAUGGCACAGAGUCUGCAAAGGCUCACCGCUAUGAGGCCAUUUGGGGUCAAUUCAUUGGCAAACAUCGCUUCGUGAACUGUGCUUGUAGCUCAUUUGAAGUGCGCUGUAAUGUGUUAUUAGGGCAAUAUUUAGUAAUUGCAUGUCCCUCUAAAAUGCAUGUGACUUCGGCCUCUUGACAUUACCAAAUUAAAUGUGGGAAAACUUUGCAAUGUAUGGGGCAGUAUCUCAAUUCUUGCAUGUUGCGUCUGCAGAAAAGUGAUGGAAACUUGCCGGGCAUGACAUUUCUCGUACUGAGAUGAAACCUGAAUAUCCUGCUCGUCUGACUGUGACUUGAUCACAUUGCCUGCUAUUGCGGCUGCAGCGUGACGGAUAUCUUUCCUCAAUUACUUCUUUCUCCAUGCCAUCUGCUGUCCUCUCGAGGUGGCAAUUGUUGUCUUGUUGUUGAUUACUGGUUAACCUAAAACAAUUUUUAGCAUGUUUGCUUUUGCUCUCUUGUGUGUGUAGCUAUUUUAAUUAUUAUAUAUAUAUACUAUAGGUAUUAGUCAACAGUAAUUCUCGUGACCUGGCUUGAAUGUAUGGCUAGUGUGAAACCAGAUUUUGUUACGUGCUUUCCUAUUUAAUAUAUGUCUACGAUUGCUCCUGCACUAUUUUUUAUAUAUUUCUUUUUCAGUGUUUUUCACAGCCUUAUUGCUGAAUCUCAUCGUUUCCUUUCUAGAAGUUUUUUUUCUAGGCUGCAAACCAUGCUUUAUAUUUAGUAUUGAGCUAUUGCUCUGAAGUCUGUUUUGCUAUCUUUUAUUUAGGAUUUCAACUUUUGAUAGAUGUAUAUACAUGUUUGUGGUGCAAAUACAAACCGGCCGUGCUUAGCACUGUAAACAAUUUUUAACCUAUUAUUUACAUUGCCAAACUCUCCACUCUGCGAUGGCUAUUUAUCGACGAGAUAUUUUGUUACGUUGUGUAGUUGCAUCUUUUGAUUUGUGUGUGUGGUAGAUAGCUUGAACAACUGCUUUAAUUGUGUGAAAACUAUAUAGCAUAGUUUAUUCAACAGCAGUUGCGAGAAAGUCAUGCAUAAUAUUUUGCAAACCACAGUCAGAUUUAAUUGUCGGUAUCAACGACAUUUACUUCAUGGAAGUGUUUCUGCAAACAGGAAGAACCUGUCUAAAAGAAAUGUGACUGCCAUGUUAGUUAGUCUUACACUUAACUGUGCGGAAGGAUCAUGUAACACACAUGCCUUGGCACCUAUCUGAGAGUGUAGAAUAGCAUGCAGUACCUUCGCAAAGCACUUCACACUUCUUUUUGGUUGUGUAACAUAGUUUUGAGGUUGUUUGUUGUAUAGUAAUUAGAACUAGGGAUUCGUGAUGUGCUUAGCACAUUGCCUAAUUGUCUGUCUGCUUGCUUUGUACGUUUGUGUCGAUCUAGUUUUUCUUCACCUCUUCAAGAGUGCAUUGUGCUUGGUAUAUUAUAUAAUACAUGCAUUGUAAAGAUGUCACUUUCUUGAAGAUAACUUGUGAUGCAACUGUUAUGGUCACACGCUGCACUUGUUGCAUUUUUUGUAUUGUGACCCAUAUAAAAAACUGUUUUCCCUCCUUA